GGUAGUCGCUCGAAGAAAGUGAGACGGUGAGAGGUUGGACGGGGCCGACAAACGACACGUGCCUCUCCUCUCCUCUUCCCCUUAGUCAUGACAACCUCUCCUCCUCUUCUCCUUCUUCUGCUCUUCCUCAGCCUCCUGGACCAUCAUGCGUGGGCCGACGAGCAAGACAGCACCCUUCAGCUAGUCCAGAUGCUUUACCGCCAUGGGGACCGCUCGCCCAUCACGCUGUACCCCACUGAUCCCCACGGCAAUGUGUCUGCCGUCUGGCCCAUGGGUCUCGGGCAGCUCACCAAGAAGGGAAAGGCAAUGCACUAUGAGCUGGGGCAUUGGCUGAGGGGCCGCUACAACACAUUGGUGGGGGCUGAGUGGGUGCCAGAGGAGCUCGUCGUCCGAAGCAGUGACACCGACCGUACCCUCAUGUCUGCUGCCUGUAACCUCGCUGCCUUCUACUUCCCUAAGCAUGAGGAGGAGAGGUUUGAGAAGCACCUUCCCUGGAUGCCAACCCCUAUUCAUACUGUCCCUGCUAACCUAGAUAAACUUAUAUUAAUAGAUUCCUCCUGCCCAAGAGCCAAGGUGGAGGAGAAGAACCUGGAUGACCUACCGGAGGUGAGGAAAAUACUGGACGAGAACCAGGACCUCUUCAAGUUCCUCUCAGAGAAGACAGGAGAGACUGUGGACAACAUCACAGCAGUUAGCUACCUCUUUGACACCCUGCAGAUCGAGGCAGCAUACAACCUGACACUACCCAGCUGGACAAAGGAUAUUUGGGAGAGGAUGGAAAGGUUGCUUUUGAGCUUCAAGUUAAUGGCAUACACUCCAGAACUCAAAAGUCUCAGAGCAGGCCCUCUCAUCAAGGAGUUUGGGGACAACAUGAAGAAGAAAGUGGCUGGCAACUCUUCUUCCUCCUCCAUCUCCAACACCAAGAUCUACAUGUACUCAGCUCAUGACGCUACCCUAGCUAUCCUGACAGAGGCCCUUGGGGUGUACAAUGGUCUCCCUCCCCCUUAUGCUACCGUUUUCCUGCUGGAGUUACACAAAGUGGGCGACCAGCAUUUUGUGAAGAUGUAUUACCACAACGACACAGCGAUGAAGGAGCCUCCUUACCCACUGGUCCUGCCCGGCUGCUCCGAGAGGUGCCCUCUAGACAACUGGCUGUCACUCACGGCCAAGGUAGUGCUGGACGACUGGGAUAAAGAGUGCCAUUCAGGUUACCCUUUUGGCCUUUCUCUCAAUACCUUUGCUGCCAUCUGUGCAGCAGUGAUACUUGGGGUGCUGCUCCUCAUCCUGCUGAUCUACAACCUCAUCAUGUGCCACCGCCGGAAGAGCCACUUUGCCUACAGACCCGUCCCCAGCUCCAGCCCUUAACAGGCCCACAGGGGAAAGUUCAAGGUGCUGACACACCACCAAGUGUUCCCACCUUGUCAGGGAUCAUUGUUCCCUAAAGAAAUGAGUUGCUGCCAGGUGUGUUGCCUCUCAUGUUGUGUGUUGUCUGGUGGAAGUCAUUGGUGGUGUGGCUGCAGCCUUUGUUGUGAGUGUUGAUCUUAUAUAUUAUAUUUUAGCAACACAUCCAGACUGGUUGUGUGAAGUAGCGUUGUAGUGUUGUGUAGUGGUUGCAAUAAUUUUAUGUUCUCCAUAUUUAUUUAAGGUUAUUUUUACAUAUUAGCUGCCUUCAUGUAAGUGAAAACCAUUCUUUCUAAUGGAUGUCCUUUUUAUGCUGUAUUUAUUUUUACGGAGGUUGUGACAGAGUUACGGCGACAACUCACGUGACGGUCAGACAAUACGUCACUUUUACAAGCGUAAUUUAUGGUGCCAAUUUUUUAUUUUUUUAAGCAGACCAUUGUCAUUGAGAUGGGAAGGCAAGAAUUCCAAGACACACAUCCCAAGGCAUACAAUGCCUUCAUAAUGGACACUUUCAUUCUGAACCGCCUCUGCCUGCUUCAUCCACCACAGCCACCACACACAUUCCCUGAACAUUAUGCUCACCUUAUAUCAAUAAGUUGUUUAACUCACAAGGAUUCUUUAAUUGCAAGGAUUCUCCUCUCCCUUACAAGGGGACAGUUAACUGAAGUGGUGCCCUUAGGCUGAAAGUCAGUGAUCCCACUGACUGUUGAUAUGGCUGUAAAGCUUACAGUAAAAAAAAAUAACAAAAAAACAAAGCUUUAGAGAAUAACUGCAUGGCUCAGUGUGAGUAUUCAGCUGUGUGGCCUCAAGAGUCACAAGUUCAUGCCUUGCCCCAGGCAGUCGCCUACUGAGGAAGACUAUCUUUUCAUUAAUCCAAUCAGAGAUUUUACUAUCCAUACAUACUUGCCUCAAUCUUGUGACUUUAUUAUGAAGUGAUUGUCAUCGGUGUGUGUGUGUGUAUGUGUGUGUCCAAGUUGUUGCAUAAUGUCUGAGCUGCCGGUGCACCUCAGCCUUUCAGAAUGAUCAGAUGUACAAGAGCAAACGCUUAAUCCUUCCAGUUCAGAGAAGACAGCUAGACUGCAUUGUUGUGAAAAAUUUUACUGAUAUAAUAUUUAUAUACAUAUAUAUAGGAAUAGUAUAUAUAUAUAGUACAUGUAUUUUUGGACUUUACAGUACAGGUCUUCAUAUAUGUUUAUUUAUUCUAUGAAGUCUAUUGUUGUGAUUAUCCCUCAAUGGUGAUAUUGUUAUGAAGGUCUAUAACUCAUCAUAAAAAGGAUGUACUUAUAAUGUCGCCAAGUGUGUGUGAAUCUGUGAACCAAGAGAGCACCUUACCUAUGCAGUGGCAUCAUUUCUCUGCCAGUAAGAUUGUUACAGUGUACAGAAUUACACUUCUAGACUUUGCAUGUGAUUCAGAAGUCUGCCCUUCCAAUCUAAAAAAGAAUCUGUCAUGAUGUUCAACUUGAGUGAUUCAUAAUAUGGUUUUCUAUAAAUUUCUAGUGAGUAAAAUCUUGUGAAUAUUUGUCAUGUGGAUUUAGUAAUGUAAAAGUACAGCCAUCAAUUUUACUGACACACUGUGUAGCAUAGGAAGGACUCUCUGUGUUGAGUGAAUGAUGUACAUAUCUUUGCUUGCCACACUACUGUAAGGAGUUUCACAAUGACUGUUUGAAAGUAACUAGUUCAUUGCAAGCAUUUCAAAACAUCCACAUGGCCUAUGCAAUGUCUCCAACAUGCAUGUUAUAUUUCACACUUGUCACUUCUCUCACUGCCUGACUUCAGCAUACAAGUGAAAACUGGUAAAUGGUGACGCUUUUGCUUCUCUGCAAGUAAUGUUAGUUUGAUUCGUACAGAACAUUAUUUAAACAUAAAAAGGACCAAAGUUUCAAGCUACCCCUCCACAGCAGCCAUCGGCUGUUAGAGGAAGAAAAGCGAUGUUAGUGAACGGAUUCUUGACUGUUUUAUAUUGCAUUUGUAUGUGUAUUUUUUAAAAAGGUUUCUUUAAGACCUUUAAUGUUAAAUGUAUACAAAUAUUUAGUGGUCACAGUAGAAUGUGCAGAACUCAACAUAUCUUGAUAUAUUCAUUUGUCAUAAUAAUAGUGACGUGCUAAGGGAAGAAAGGAUAAUGGGAAAACAUCACCUCCCGUAACAUGUCACUCUCUGAAGAUGCUCAUGAGACAUGGUCACCAAAGUUUUGUGGAACAGCAGACAGUCCAGUGCAUCUUGCGAGGUGUGCUCUCCAGAGUCUCACGACAAUCAAAACUUAACCAAAUGGACACAGAUGCUUAAUACAACUGUGUCAGGCCAUCUCUGUUCAGCAGGUAUGCUUGUGUUACCACACAUGUGCAGUGACCUGACUGGUAAUGUAUGUGGUGCACAUGAGACCCCAGAAAUAGUCAUUGUUGGCGGUGGCCUGUCUUGCUUUUCUGCUGCCUCCAUUCUAUGCAGAAGCAAAGAUUCAGUUCCUGUCAGUGGAGAAGAAAUGCUAGUGGUGGGACACUAGUUGAGGUGACCAGUGUGUUGGUGCCUGUGUUGUUCCUCACUCUGCACCACCACCAUUCCUCUCUACCAUUCUUUUAUGCCUUCCUGUAAUUUGUGUGUGUAAUGUGAAAUUUUGUAAUUUCCUCAGAGAUCUUUUACUACAUGUAAGCAAUAGUUCUCCUUAGCAUGGACAGUGUGUAUGGGAGUCUUGAUAGGACUGUAUAUACAUAUAUAUUGCCUCUGAAUAUUUAUCCUGUCCACAUUCAUGCAUCUUUAUACUUUUUCAAACCAGUCGCCAGCAAUGAUGGCACAACCUGGUGCACCUCAAGUGCUGGUCUCAAGCCCAGACAAAUGGGGAGGAUUGUGUCCGAAGGGCAUCUGGUAUAAAACUUAUGCCAAAUCACUGUGCAGAUCUAAUCUGCUGUAAAGCACCAAUUGUGUGCUAAUAAAGCUGUCAGAGAAGAUUGGUCUCAAACACUAUUAACGUGUUCUGGAGAUUCUUCAUUCAAGCCACGCUUGUGAUGUCUUAACCUGGAGACCUCUGAAAAGGCAGGAUAAGCACCCUUUAUAAAUUUAUAUUAGUUGAUACUAUUUGGAAAGUUGCCUUUAACUUCCAUUGUUUUGGUAUUGAAUUAGUCAGAUCCUAUGCUGGUGUGAAUGAUUCCUGUAAUUUCACAUUAUAGGCAACUUGUCACACCUGUAACUGGUGCCGAAAAAAUAGUGGUUUGGGCUAUUCUUGAAAAUUGGUUCCCUGAUUUGUGGAAUUCAAGUGUCCUGUGUUUGUGAGCAAUGAUGCAGCAUCACAAACACAUCCUGUAAUAAUCUAUGCACAUAAACUGAAAGAUGCUGAAGACAAAACAGUUGUGGGUAGCUAAAAAAAUAUUUUGUACAUUUCACUUGAGUAUUUUUAUAUUGUACUAAAAAUAUGGUGUUUGGAUUUGUAUUGGGUAAUAUGAUGUAGCAAACAUCCAUAAAUGGUCUCACUUGUGGGAAGAGCCGGUGAUGGUACAUAUGUGAAAUCAUAAAAUGUUAAUGUUACUGCAAAAAAGAGGAUGUGAAAAAGUACCAUGUUUGUGCUUGGCAUUACAUCUCAUUCUUCAUCAGUGUUAAAUUAUAUUUUUCUUUGUUUCCAAUAAAAUGUAUUCUUUUUU